GGGUAUUUAUUUAACAGAGACUCGAGAGAGAGAGCAGAGAGGUUCCAAUUUCGAAAUUAUUAGGUGAGAAGGAAACAUCUGGGUUUUGGGUGAAAGGUUAUUGUCUCCUCUCCUGUAUCCCAUCUCUCAACUCUCUCUUCCCUUGCAUUUCUCAUCUCACCUUCCUUCUUCACUUAAGCAUAAGAACCCUUUACAUCACUUCUGCUUCUGUCUUCAAUUCCUUAAUUUCUAAGCAGAGAAGAGAACCAGAGAAGCCCAGAAGUUCUGAAAGUCUGAAAAGAUGACAGACAGGGUCUUCCCAUCAAAGCCCCCGGCAAACCCUCAAAUUCAGAACGGUAAUGGAAACCCAUCAUACCCAGCCACCAAGGGUCAGCUAUACAACCGCCCUAUUUAUCGUCCCCAGCCCAAGCCCCGUCGCAAUCGCCGCGGUUGCUGCUGCAUCUGUUGUCUCUGGACUACCCUCUUCAUCAUCGCUCUGAUCUUGCUCGCAGCCAUCGCCGGCGCCGUCAUAUGGGUUCUCUACCGCCCUCACCGCCCCACUUUCUCUCUGACGGCAAUCCGGAUCCCGCAAUUCAACGUCACCACCACCAAGGACGGCUCUUCAUCCCAACUCAACUCCAACAUCGAUCUCACCGUCUCCACUCGGAACCCAAACAAGAAGCUCGUUUUCUUGUAUGACCCUACCACUGUUACCAUGACCUCCGAUAGCAUCUUCGUCGGCAACGGGACUUUCCCAGCGUAUACCCAUGACACCAAGAACACUACCGUUCUGAGGGCAACAGUGACAAGCACCGGUGAAGAUCUGGACUCCUCGUCGGCGUCGUCGUUGAAGUCAGAUCUGAAGAAGGGAGGGAUACCGUUGGCGGUACAGUUGGACACGAAGGUGAAGGUGAAGAUGGGAGGUCUAAAGACGACGAAGCUAAUGAUCAGAGUUACCUGCGAUGAGCUCAAAACGGGUGUUCCGAAAGGGAAGACUCCGGGGACUUUGACUUCAUCGGCUGAUAAUACUUGUAAGGUUAAGCUGCGGAUCAAAAUCUGGAAAUGGACUUUCUGAAUGAUGUGAUUUCCCUUUUCCUUUGUGUUUUGCCUUUUCAUUUUCCAGUAUUACUGUCUUUGAAGUUUGAACUUUAAAGUUAUUUUUCUCCCUUUUUUUUCUUUUUUUUCUUUCUGGGUUGAAGACUAUAGCUGGUUUGUAAAUGUUGAAGGAUUUGGUAGGGAAUUAGAGAUGGAAAAAGAAAAGGUUUUACAAAUACUGUUAUUGAAUUCUUGUACAAUCUUUCAGAAUUGGAUUUUAAUAAUCAAUUUACGUUUAUAUGCAA